CACUACCUCUCAGAGCCGGGGAUGUAGCCGAAGCAGCGCUGUGGACUCCGCCACAGUUGAGGAUCACAGCCGCGGAGAGUCUCUUCUCUGCACGGUUCGCUCAGGUUGACAACUGCAGCAGCCUGCCCCGACAUUAUCCCGCAUGGAGACACCUCCAACCUCGACACCAUGCAUUUCUGACAGCUUCAAUACGCCGUCUUUUGUCUAGCCUGCGGGGAGAGAAAAAAAGUCUGCAGGAUCACUUUUCCUUCUGGUGGACCAAGGAUUUAAAACAAAACAAAAAUCAUUUCUUCUUUUUUUUUCGGUCAGGCUGUUCCCUUUCUCCCUCCGCCUCCCACGGUCCACUGCUCGAUUUUUGGGACUUUUUGUUUCCUCGGGAAGAAAGCGCCACUGUUCCCCUGAGUCUACCUGCUCGCCCAGCACCCAUGAAUUCGGAUAAAAAUGUGUACCUCGGCAGAGACAAAGGCAUCAUGCGGAAGAGAGCUUUGCUCCUUCGGAAAGGCUGCAGCUUCGAAAUUACCAGCUCUGCCUCGGAGGACUUGGGCUGCAGGCGUGGAGACUUCAGCAGGAAACACUAUGGCUCGGUCGAGCUGCUAAUUUCCAGUGACGCAGAUGGGGCCAUCCAGAGGGCAGGGCGCUUCAGGGUGGAGAAUGGCUCUACAGAUGAGACUUUGGACUACACUCCGGGAACCUGGAGGAGAACUGACGUCCACCUGGAGAAUCCAGAGUACCACACCAGAUGGUUCUUUAAAUACUUCCUGGGAAAAGUUCACCAGAACUACGUGGGUACAGAUGCAGAGAAGAACCCCUUCUACCUGUCAGUCGUCCUCUCAGACCAGAACAACCAGCGGGUUCCUCAGUACAGAGCCAUCCUAUGGAGAAAAACAGGCACUCUGAAGAUCAGCCUCCCCUACAGCCCGACAAAAACACUAUCAGUCAAGUCAAUCCUAAGUGCAAUGAACAUGGACAGGUUUGAGAAAGGCCCCAGGGAGAUCCUCACCCCGGAGAUUCAGAAGGAUCUGCUGGUGUUGGAGGAACAGGAGGGAUCUGUCAACUUUAAAUUCGGUCUGUUUGCCAAAGAUGGACAGCUCACAGAUGAUGAGAUGUUUAGCAAUGAGACGGGGAGUGAGGGCUUCGAUAAGUUUCUCAAUCUUCUGGGUGAUUCCAUAACGCUGCAGGGAUGGGCAGGUUACCGCGGAGGGCUAGACACCAAGAAUGACACUACAGGGAUUAAGUCCAUCUACACAGUGUAUCAGGGCCAUGAGCUCAUGUUCCAUGUGUCCACCAUGUUACCCUACUCUAAAGAGAACAAACAGCAGGUGGAGAGAAAGAGACACAUUGGAAACGACAUUGUUACCAUUGUAUUCCAGGAAGGGGAUGACGCAUCGUCGUCCUUCAAACCGUCUAUGAUCCGAUCGCACUUCACCCAUAUUUUUGCUUUAGUUAGGUAUAAUAGCCAGAAUGACAGUUACAGGUUGAAGAUAUUCUCAGAGGAGAGCGUUCCACUGUUUGGACCCCCUCUCCCGUCUCCACCUGUGUUUACUGAUCACCAAGAAUUCAGGGACUUUUUAUUAGUCAAAUUAAUCAAUGGAGAGAAAGCCACACUGGAGACACCAACGUUUGCCCAGAAGCGUCAGCGGACCCUCGACAUGUUGAUCCGCUCGCUCUACCAAGACCUCAUGCCAGACCUGCACAAGGUCCCUUUUUCUCCCCAGAACAUGUUAAACCGGCGAUCCUUCAGCGACGUGCUGCCCGAGUCUCCGAAGUCGGCGCGCAAGAAGGAGGAGGCGCGUCAGGCUGAGUUUGUCAGAAUAGGGCAGGCUCUGAAGCUGAAGACCAUUGUAAGAGGAGACGCCCCGACCAGCCUUGUUACCACGGGCCUGUGCAGGAAAGAGCCAUGGGAGUCCCAGUCGUUCUGCAGCACUUUCCCCUACGAGAUCGUGUGUGCAGACUCCUGGGGUCAGUCUCUGCUGGUUGCCACGGACACAGCGGGGGUCAUGCUGUUGGAUGGGCCGGAUCCUGCUCUGCCUAACGCUGAGACGCAGGCUCUCCCUCCGGUGCAAGCGUUUGACAAAACCAUGGUGGUGAAGCAGAUGCACGUUCUCGAGCCUCAGGACCUGCUUAUCACCAGGGCGGACAAAGGGAAGGACGCCCGGCUCUAUGUGUUCAGACUGAGCGCGCUCAAGAGAGGCCUGGAGGAGAAGCAGCUCGUCAGGAGCAAGUGUGACAGCCGCGAGAACAAACUGGAGAAAACUAAAGGCUGUCAUUUGUACUCUAUCAACACCCACCACGGCUCCGUGCUGAGGAUAGUAGCAGCUAUCAGGAACAAACUCCUCCUCAUCACCAGGAAACAUCCACGUUUUGAAGGCUUCAGCGCCAUCGCAGCGGGAGCAGACUCACCGGUGGAGGAGUUUCAGUACAUACGGGAGAUCUGUCUGUGUGACCCGCCGGUGGUGAUGGCUUUGGUGGACGGGCCGACGGGGGAAAACGACAACAUGAUCUGUGUGGCCUACAAACAUCAGUUUGACCUGAUCAAUGAGAGCACAGGAGAUGCCUACAGGCUACACCAUGUAGACGCCAACAGGGUAAAUUAUGUAGCAGCCAUUGAUGUGUACGAAGACGGGGAGGCGGGCCUGCUCUUGUGUUAUAACUAUGUUUGUUACUAUAAGAAAGUUUGUCCGUUUAACGGCUCUACACCGAUGAUCCAGUCCAACACCUCCGACUUCCACUUCAGCUGGAACCAGAUGCCUAAUGCUAUCGUUUGUGCAUUCCCUUACAUAUUGGCCUUCACAACCGACUCCAUUGAGAUCCGGCUGGUGGUCAACGGCAACCUCGUGUACACAGCUGUAGUCCCAGAGCUACAGUUAGCAGCUUCACGGUCAGACAUCUAUUUUCUCUCGUCUGCUCCGGUGAGCUCAGCAUCCAACUGCAGUUCGAGAGACACCAGUUCCCAUAGUUCCCCACAGACGCCCACCGGCUACGAGAUGCCUGUAUUCCCAUCGCCGCUUGGUGACGAUUCAAUACGGAUCCCCUAUGGUACCAAGCUUUCCCUGUACAUGUCUAAGGACGCCGAAGGUGAAGCAUCAUGUAAACACAUGUUCAAGAUCCCUCUCUGCAACUUGGUGGGCCGCAGCAUCGAAAGACCCCUGAAGUCCCCUCUGGUGAACAAGGUGCUGACUACGCCGGCCCCAACCAUGGUUCCUCCAACUCCCCUCAUCUCUGCCUCACACUCGUUGUCACUGUCCCGCAUGGAGAUCAAGGAGAUAGCCAGCCGCACACGGAAGGAGUUGCUCGGCUUGACGGAGGAGCCAAGUGGGAAGCCGGACAGUGGAAGCGUCAAACAGAGGAAGAUGAGCAAGAAGAACACAGAGGAAGAGCCCAAAGCACGAGCACUGACCUCGACAAACAGUGACAGGUUAGCCUCAGAGUCAGUAGAGUCCGACCUGGACGUCCAGCUGCAUUGUUCAUCCAGUUCGGAGGCGGAGCCAGAGAAGGUGGUGCUGCUAGCGGAGAGCCCGACUCUGGCUAACGCCUUCGCCCCCUCCACAUCCUUCGAAGAAGAUGUCCUGGACCUAAAGUGAAGACAAUCCCAUCGUACACUUCUCUGCCCUCGCGCUCCUGUACUGUCACCAUUAUUUAAUAGUUUGGGUUGGUUUGCUUUUGAUUUGUUGUUUGUUGAUUUCCUUUAAACAUUAUGUUUGUUUAUAUCCCUGAAUCUUGGGGUCUCCCCAUUCAUCAGACAAGAUGGGUGCAUUGGGAGUUAGAAGACGUGUCUGAGUGCUUGUUUGUUCUCACGAGCAGUCCCUCUGCCACUGUGUGAUGUUUGUGUUGCCCCGCAGCAAAUUACCCAAAGAGGCUAUGAAGUUGCUGUGCGAGACGACAUGGUUUAUUCAGAGUUCUGCAACAGCCUUGAGGUAAUGCUAACCAUUUGAUCCCGAACCACAAACUGAAUGUAAAUCUGCACACCGAGGCAAGACAAAAACUUGUUCCCAAUGCCGUCUGAAGUUGCUUAUUAUGUGUUGUAUAUUAUGUGAUUAUUUCCAAUCCACUAUCAAAUACUGUAUGAUAUGCAUAUGUAUGUGUACAUCUGUUAUACAUGGAAAUGUUCACAGUGACAGGUGUGUAUGCCUGUGAUGCAUAUUUAUAGAUAUAUUAUAAAAAAAAACAAUUUUAUUCCCAUAUUAAGUAAAAAAAAAAAUGUUUUAUUCUAUCUGCACAUUUAAGUCCUUUUUCCUCUCCUUUUCACAGUUUACAGGUAGACAGGGCUGGAGGCAAAGUCUCCCACAAGUGCCAUUUCCCAGCAUCCUCCACUGAACUACACCUCUAACAGCCACCAUAUUAUGGUGUCUUUACAGUAGCAGCCAUGAUUGUAGUCCACAUUAGAUUACUCUGGUGACCCACAACUGCAUUCACACAUACAUUUAGCAACCGGAGGCGCUCUCUAAAAGCCACAUGCACUCAACCUUGAAUCUGCAUGAUCUUUGCCUUUGCUACAAGUAUUGUAUCUUCUGCGCCAAAAGAAAUAGCUUCUUUGGAAACCAAGAGGUCAGCGGCAACAUACCAAACAUGACUGCAUAGAGAGAACCACAAGCUGAGAUCAAAGACAGGUUGGAUGUGAAAAAAACAAAAACGGAAAUACUUUUUCCAUCUAAACUGUAAGAGGUACAAUAUGAAUAUGAGCAAGGGAGGAACAAUCUAAAUAUAAAAGGCAAUGUUAAAGCUAAACUUUGUUAAUCUCACUGAAAAUGUCAGUGAAAAUUACUGUAAAAUAUACUUAGCUCGUUUUUUCUUUUCUGUAUUUGGAAGGUGCUGAAAGUUAGUCCAUUUUAAGUGUUUUUUAUUAUUUUACAUAAAAAAACGAGAGAUUCAUUGUUUAAAUUGCAGUGUGCACAAUUUAAAAAACAAAAUACAGAAAAUGACUGAGUUUUGUGAUUAUGCCCCAAGAUUUUAUUUUAAACAACCUAAAAUUUAGACCUACAAUUAACUAAGACGAGUGUAGAACUCAAAAUAAAAUUGUGUCAGUUAAACCAAAAAUAAGCUUCUAUGAAAGUCUACUAAAGCUUAAAAACAAAAUAAACUAUUAAGGAGACAUCACAUCAAUGGCUGGAGGCUGAUGCCUUAAAGCAAACAUUUCUUUUCUUUUUUUUUAAGGUUUUCAUUGCUCGUCUGGGUCUGGGGAGCCCACAAGCCUUGCUGGUUUUUAUUCCUUAUGUCCAAUAAAACACUGAUUUGUAGCUGUUACAUCUGGAGCAGGGGUGAAGUCGUGAAUUGUGGGCCAUUGUCGACGGCACCAGGGACACUCGAAUCUACUAUCCAAAUUUUCUUUGACAACCAGCUAAACUUGUCUUAAAAAAAAAACACUGAUGGCAGCUGUUUAAACCAUAACCAAAUGUUAACUGGUCAUCUUUCAUCUUAGAGCUUUCUUACUUACACAAAUGUUUCUGUUCUAAACUAACACCAAUCAUCAUCAUCAUCAACACUCGAACCUCUAAAUGUUUGGCCCAUUCAGUAUAUUUUCAGAUAAACUAAUUGUCUUUAUCUUUGUUUAUAUAUUAACAUAUAUUCAAGGUUUUCUUUAAGGAUUUUUCCCCAAAGCACAUGAACCGACAGAAUAUUCAUUGUUCUCACUCAAUGCGUUAAAUAUGUUUGAACAACUUCCUCUUAAUCGCAAAAUUUUGACAUCUAAAGGAUGUUUUCCCUAUAAAAUAUUUCACCAAAUUGCUUCAGUACAAGCAUAACAUAUUUCAAUAAAAGCAUUUGUGAGGAUCUUUCAGUUUGUCUGGAUUUGGAAGAAUCAUGUGUUUUGUAGUCCCAUUUUAAGCUUCGUUAUCUGAAUGUGGUCAUCCUUGAAUCUCUAUCUAAGAUGACUUACAUGGUCCUGGAUAGCAAAAGAGAUUUGAUUUUUAAAAUCCAGAACUCUUUUGAAUAAUUUGGCCCAAUGUGUCAGCAGCCAGUUAUACCAACUCAAUUUCACCAGAAAAUAUUGAAUUUAUCGUACUCUACUUUGUACUGAGUAUUGAGGAAGAUUAAUCGGUCCGGUGAGUCCAUAUGAAAAACUUUCCCAACUUGAAAAAGGGAAAUUGUUUCGCCUAAUCAACACUAGACAGUCAGUUAAAUUGAGCAAAUGCUUUGACAGGCAGAGCAACAAACUGGGAGCUGUGGUUCUGACUAUGCAUAUGUUGGUAUGAGAGCGCCUCUCUGUGGUGGUUUCACAACACAGCAGCCUUCAGAUCUUGCAUGAGCCACCCCCUCUUCCUCCUCCUCCUCUUGAUUCCCCUCUCUCCUCUCCUCUGCUGUCUUUUCCUGUCUCAGUGUGCACCCCUCCAACACUAUAACACAACUCAGAAAAACUUUUUUAAAAAAAAGGAAGAAGAAGAUGAAAAACGGGAUGGGGGGAUUUUUACAAAGGUACUCUACUUUACUGUUUAUUACUCUGAAUGAGUGCGGGUGACUGUGGAGAUGUCUGGCUGUUACAGUUUGUAACAUUGCUUCUCCCACUUCUAAUGUUCCUACUUCUCCUGCGUUUUCUGUUGAGUACUCUUUGUUCCUACCUCCCCUUGGCAUUUUCACUGUUUAUUUGUUUGGUUUUGUUUUUGUAUUUGAAUCUAUAUUUACUGUUUAGACUGUUGCUGAACCUCUCUGUGAUAUCAAAACGAAAGAAAAUGAACAAAAAAACACCAAGUGUCUUAAAAUAUUGUAUCGCCAUCGUUUUUAAUGCCAAGUACUACUUGUAAAUGUUUGUGUAUCAAAUGUGGCCUCAAAUGAAACUGAACUAUAUUAUUAUUAUUAUUAUUAAUAUUAUUAUUAUUAUUUGAGCAAUUAUUUUAAACAAGUGCUGUAGACCACUGCUGUGAAAGUAGUCGAUUCUGUUCAUUGAUAUGUAAUAAAUAUUUAUGGAAUUUGAA